UCGGAGGUGGGCGGGGCCAAAGAGGAACCUGUUCCACAUGCGCGCGCGCGCACACACACACACACACACACACACACAGGGAAAGUACAUACACACAAGUACACGACGAGUACGCAGCAGGAUUCCUCUUUCGCUUCUCCUUGGACUUAAGAGAGCGGAUGGUCGCCCUUGACCUUUCACCCGUCCGUCACCUGCGGAGCGGCCACCUGUCUGUCGGCUGAGGGGCGGAGUCUGUUAUCACCAUGGCAACCCCAUCCGCCUCGCUGGGUAGAGGUGUGGGUCUGGUGCUGGUGGAGUUCCAGUACGAGUACGAGGGCCGCGACGGCUCCGUGAUCUCCAUCAAGCCCAACGAGCGCUACGUCCUGCUGGCGAAGACCAACGCCCACUGGUGGCAGGUGCGGCGGGACCACGCCUCCAAACCGUUCUACAUCCCGGCCAAGUACGUCAAGGAGCUCCCGCCCGACGUGCCGUCCCCCCUGGACUUUGCCCACCCGCCCGCUACUGAGGCGGCGCCCGCGCCGGCAGCGGCCCCGGUGCCCGUGCCCGUGCCCGUCCCCGUUACCGCAGCUCCGGAGGAGCCCGGCGGGACCCGAAGCAAACCUAGCGACGAAGUAACCAUCCGGCUCAAACCGGACGCAUCCGGCGUCUACCGGAAGAUGGAGAACCGCAUGUCUACGUUCGGCGUCCCGCUGGACUUCGCGGACUCGCCGCCGCCCCUCGCCACGGCGCCGCACCGCUCCGACACCCCUUCGGGUUCCGACGCCACCGACAAGUCCGACGGCGUUUCGGGGAAAAACCUUCCCGAAAGCAAAGAGAAGUCGGGAAAAGCCCGCGCGCCCGGUUUCGGCCCGGCCGACCUGUCCGGCGCCCGACCCCACGUGCUCCCCAUCCCCGUGGACACGCCCACCGUACCCGAGGUGCACUUCCACAAGGACUCUGAGGGCGUGCCCUCGCAGGAAGAUCGAGAGGAAGCGGUGGACGCGCAGGAAGCAAUAGAAGAAGAAGUCGAGGAAGCCAUCGAGGCCACCGAGGACAGCGAGCGGGACGGCGACGGCGAGGAGGACAGCGAGGAACCGAAGGAGCACGAGUCCAACCACAUCUACGAGUCCAUCCAGGACCUCCAACUGGACCCCCUGAUUGGACAGCUGAGCCCGCCUCCGACCCCCAAACAGGCCUGUGACCCCGCCCCCAACCUGCCGCAGCUGCCCGACCCCGCCCUCUCUGCCGUAGGCCACGCGCCCUCCUCUUCGAGCACCUCCUCUGAAAUAAUAAGCCCCUCCCCCCUGAGCCCGCAGCACGGAAGACAGGACGCUUCUGAGCUUUGGGAGCAGCUGAUGGACCCGGAUUCUGGAAGGCUCUACUAUUACAACCGGCUCUCUGGCGCCACGUCCUGGAACGCGCCGACCCCGCGCGCCGCAGCCGAUGAGGCCGGCGGGCCCGACGACGGCCCGCCACCACUGCCAGAAGAAGAUUAUCCUGUCGACGCACACGACAACGACACCGUCUUCACAACGCACGCUCGGCAACUCGCGAUUCCCAGAGCGCACCCGGAGCCGCGAGACGGUGUCCGGACGGCGAACGGGCUGCCGGAUCAGCGGUCGGCGUGGCGACACAGCGCGGCCGAGGACACGUUUGCGUCGCAACAUUGGAGGAACGUCAGCGACGUCGCGCACUACGAGAGAGACUCACCCGACAGUACGCAGCUCUGUGAUAGGUUGAGACUGAGGAGGAAUCUGUCCAAUCGCAGCACAGACUCCCAGCAGGGACACCUGCUGGAGAAGGCGGGAAUCGUCAACAAGACCAAAGUCGUCGAUAACGGCAAGAAGAUCCGGAAGAACUGGAGUCAAUCGUGGACCGUCUUGCACGGCGGCAUCCUCACCUUCCACAGGGACCCCAAGUCUGCUCCCAGCAGCAACAUGGCCUCGCAGAUCGUUCCGGAAUACACGGUGGAGCUGAGAGGAGCUUCGGUGUCCUGGGCGCUGAAGGACAAGUCGUCCAAGAAGAACGUGCUGGAGGUGUGCGUUUGUGCGUGCGCGCAGUUGAGGACUCGUCAAGGUUGCGAGUACCUGAUGCAGUACGACACGGAGAGCAUCAUCGCCGAUUGGCUGAAAGUCAUACAAGACACCGUCCGACAGCUGGAGCAGGAACACGCGUCGGACGACGAUGACGACGCCUCCUCGGACAAAGAGGACAAAGACAGGAAGCGGGCGUCCAACAGAAGUUUGUCGGGCGCCGACACGGAGCGGACGAGAGUUCGCACCAAACUCCGACGCUUCCUCCAGAGGAGGCCCACGCUGCAGAGCGUCAAGGAGAAAGGUUACAUACGAGACAACAUGUUUGGCUGCCAUCUGGACACGCUGUGUCACAGGGAAAACACCACCGUUCCCAAAUUCGUAGACAAGUGCGUCCGAGCAGUGGAGAGGAGAGGUCUGGACGUGGACGGGAUCUACCGUGUGAACGGCAACUUGGCCGUCAUCCAGAAGCUGCGCCACAAAGCCGAUCACGAGGAGCAUCUGGAGCUGGAGGACGGCCAGUGGGAGGACAUCCACGUGCUGACCGGAGCCCUCAAGCUGUUCCUCAGGGAGCUCCCCGAGCCGCUCUUUCCCUUCAGCUUCUUCGACAAGUUCAUCGCCGCCGUCCAAGUUCCCGACUACAGCCUGCGCGUGUCCUACAUGAAGGACCUGGUGCGCUCGCUGCCGCUUCCCAACUAUGACACCAUGGAGCUGCUCUUCAAACACCUACGCAGGGUGGUGGAGCACAAAGACGGCAACCGGAUGUCGGUCCAGAGCGUGGCCAUCGUCUUCGGGCCCACGCUGCUGCGCCCGCAGACCAAGUCGGCCGACGUGGCGGUCCACAUGGUCUUCCAGAGCCAGAUCGUGGAGCUCGUGCUCAACGAGUUCCACGCCGUCUUCGUGCAGAGGUAGCGCAGGACCGCGCGCGCGACCUCGCCGAACCGAGAUUCGACACGAGAGGCCGUCGAGCUCCGGAUCCUUCCGGAAGAGGAGGAGACCCCCUUGGAGGAGGGCCCGCCCAUGUCCCGGAAAGAAGAAAAGGAAGACUUGCGAUGGGAUAGGAAAGAUCAAUAAGAUCAAUGGCAAUGAAUUGAUCCACAUUUUAUUGUGAAAUGUUCACGACUUCCUGUGCUCGAUUGUGGUUACGCUUUCAAAGAUAAUGGCAAAAAGAAGAAAUAUCCCAAACAUUUCUACCGGCUGCGACGUCGAACUUGUCAAAAAGAAUGUACGAUGAUAAUGUUUAAAAGGGUUCACUGUCAA